CACGCGCUGACUUACCAAUCGUCGCCACAGUUUCCCGGGCUAUAAUGCGGACACGUGUCACAACUGCACGCUCUCCCCUCCCUCCUCGUUCUUCACUCGCCCACUUGCAUCCGUCAAAAAUCCGCCUACCAGAACCAAACGACAAUUCUUCAUCAAUAUAAAGAAAAAAAAACGUGUUUAUCCUGUUGCUUAAUUCCAGCUAUGAACUUCUGAUGCACCACACCAGCAAUGAAUUCCCUGAUUCGUAAAGUAUGGGGAUCCGUCACCAACCGGUCGGGUUCCUCGUCCGGUUCGGAUCGAAUCUCCAACCCGAACCCGACGUCGGAGUACGACCGGUUCCUCCAGAUGAUGUACAUCCAGACCUCGUCGACCGGCGAAUUCGACCGGAUUCCCAUCGACAUCCUUAUGCAGAUUUUCAGAAUCCUCGGCCCUAGGGAGUCGGCGAGACUGAGAGCCGUCUGCAAAUCCUGGAAAUUUCUGGUGUCGGAUAAUCGCCUCUGGAUUUAUUUUCUGCAGAAUCAGCCGGAGCAGUGGGACUCCAUUUUCUUCUCCGAAACUCACUUGCGAUCCGGUUUUCCUCUUCAAGCGUUUCCUACUCAGAUGCACGACCUGUCAUAUAUGCAUAUUUAUGGUCAGCGCGUCGAAGUCCCUGGAGCUCUUAUAAUUGAUGGGGGCUCGGGUUAUUGUAAAUAUGGAUGGAGCAAGUACAACUCUCCAUCUGGGCGGUCAGCAACAUUUUUGGAAUUUGGAAAUAUUGAGUCUCCUAUGCCUUCUAGACUUAGACAUUUCUUUUCAACAAUUUGCAACAGGAUGCAGGUCAGAACAUCAACACAACCAAUUGUUGUAUCAAUACCACUCUGUCAUUAUGAUGAUACCGAGUCUGCAAGAGGUUCUCGGAAACAACUAAAGGAUGCAAUCUACUCAACAUUAUUUGAUAUGAAUGUUCCUGCUGUAUGUGCCAUAAACCAGGCAACUUUGGCUUUAUUUGCGGCAAGAAGAAUCUCAGGAAUUGUUGUGAAUGUUGGUUUUCACCAAACCUCAGUUGUUCCAAUUUUACAUGGCAAAGUGAUGCAUAAGGUGGGCGUGGAAGUUGUAGGAAUGGGAGCUUUGAAACUGACAGGAUUCCUUAAAGAUCGGAUGCAACAGAAUAAUAUAGCUUUCGAUUCACUCUACACUGUCCGCACAUUGAAAGAGAACCUAUGUUAUGUUGCACUUGACUAUGAAGCUGAAUUAGCCAAAAAUACACAAGCAUCUUUUGCAGUUUCAUCAAACAGUUGGUUUACACUUUCAAAGGAACGUUUUCAAACGGGAGAGAUAUUAUUUCAGCCUCGCAUGGCAGGAGUGCAGGCGAUGGGUCUGCAUCAGGCAGUGGCACUUUGUAUGGAUCACUGUCAUGAUGCUGAAUUAACUGGUGAUGAUAAUUGGUAUAGAACUGUCGUGUUGGCUGGGGGCAGUGCUUGUUUGCCAGGAUUAGCAGCAAGGCUAGAGAAAGAACUUUAUGGGCUUCUACCAAAACCCAUGUGCAGUGGAAUUAGAGUUAUUCCUCCACCUAACGGCACAGAUUCUGCAUGGUUUGGAGCAAAGCUUGUUAGCAGCUUGAGCACCUUUCCUACAUCUUGGUGCAUCACUAAAAAGCAAUAUCGGGGUCUGUCCAAACGCAAGCUGACGUGGUGAACCUAUUCACUUGGAGAUAGUGAAACGAGCUGCGUAAAGUGGGUGAAAAUGGAUAUAGAUAGAUACACAUGCAAGUAGUAAGCAGAUUCUUUCCCUCUGAAGGAUUCCAAACUUCAAUCUCAGUUCUUCUAAGGUUAAACAAUAAACAUGAUGUCUGUUGUGCAUAUAUAUAAGAAGCCCUGUCUGUGUAUGGAAUAAUUUAUGUAAAACCCUGCAAAUAAAAUGUAAGUAAUAUAUAGAAAAUAAAUCAAUUAGCCUCUAGACUCAGUCCUCCAUUUGUCAGCUGUGGAGAUCAUUUUCAAAAGCCAACUCAAUAUCACUGUACAAUAUCAGCCAGCCUGUCUGCUGCUAUAGUUCCCAUGAUGAUGUAACUUACCUUUGUAUUUAUUGGCUACUGACCAUAUUAUCUUAAUGCUCCCAGUUAUUUUGAAU